GAGGAAGGUUAGAGAAGUGGUCCCUGGCGCGGUGCAGACGACCAGGCGGCCGACCACACUCUCCCCGCACGGGAAAGUUGGCAAUUGUCGUGUGAGACCAUGUGUCCCUAUUUGGCGGCAGCAUCCUAGUGUCCAGUAGGAGGAAAGAGCGUGGCAGCCGCCUCCACCCCAUGACCCAGCCCCUCGCACCCCUCAUCCGCCUUGCUUCUAGCUAUGGCAGCUUGUCGCAGGAAGGUUCAGGUGUUAGUGGUGCUUUUACUAACACUGGUUCCACGACCGGGCCCUCUGGAAUCACGUCCACCUUGCACCCGGGACAAAGCGGCACUAGUCAGGAAGCUUAUCAACAAGCGGUGGGUGCCGGUUCUAGAGAAGUUUGGAGUGACGCUGCCUUUAGAGUGCCCACUUCAUGCUGCCCGGGAUGUAUUUGCACAGCAGGAGGCAGCUAAGGUACAUGUACCACCCCAGUGGACAUGUGGCCUCUGUGGGAAGUCCUUUUAUCAUGAGGCGCACCUUGAUCGUCACCUUGACAACAGGCAUGAAGACUACCUCAAUAACGGAGAGGAUUCUGUGUGCCUAGCAGAUUUUUGUGAUGUGAUGCGGUGUGAGGUGCUGCUGGAGCGUCUCCGAGACUUUGACGAUGCGCCACCUUCAGCCACAGCUUUAGACUUGUGGCACCAGCCAUUAUUACUGUCUUCCCCCUCCAUGCACCAAGCUCAGUCACAUUCAGAUCAAGCUGUGGAGCGUGCCCUUCCCAGAAGUUUGAUGAGAUCAUCACAUGCAUCUCAUCCCUGGUAUCAGUGGACAAGGCAGCCCCGUAUUCUCCACCAUGAUCCUCCACACCCUCCCUCACCUAGUCCUCCCACACCCGUGUCCGCACCUGAUCUUUCAGGAGAGCAGCAAGAGGAUGAGGGAAGGGCAGUGGUGGACCCAGAGAGGGCAUCUGGCUGUGAAAAUGAAGAUGGAGACUGUUUAUCAAUACCUGAAGAUACAAACAAUGAGAGUGGGCAUGUAGCUGGGGGGCCACGAGAGCUGCCACUUCAUCCGCUGCAUUCAUGGCGCGACACGUGUAAUGAGGAGCAUCUGGCCGAGUUAAGAGUCAAGUGCCAGCAACUAAUACAACAAUGCAUUGGUGGUCUGCUUCUGAACCUCACCCUUGAGCAAUUCAGGGAAGUGGAAGGUGCAUUGAGUCGGGCAGUAUGCUGGUACCUGACGUGUGAGAGGUAUUGGGAGGCUGGUACCAUGGAACCACCAGAAUUUCCCUGGGGUCUUGUUACGGGUCUUGUCCUCCUCUUGACACUGGGAGUGUCCCUAGCUUACUAUAUUGUUUGGGUGCUCUGCGAGUCACAAGAUGGAGGAGUAAGCACUCCAGGGAGUGUCCAUGAGGCUGGAAGUGUUCCACCUAUCAGGUCCACCAAACUUCGCCACUCAGCUGCUACAGAAUCAGAAAGUGAGUGUCGAGACUCUGGCUUUAAUGAGGGUCCUAUAUACCCUGACGCAAAUGACAGCCACAUGUACAGUGAUUAUGACGGCCAAUCAUAUCGCUCUAGACACUACUCUGAGGACUCGCGGCUCUCGUAUAACCCAGAAGAUUAUGGACCUGCCUCCAAGUACUACAUCUCUGAGGAACGCAUGUUUAACUAUGCCACUACUUUUAUGCCUAACUAUGAACAGCGACGACUUAGACGAAAUCGAUACAAUUAUCUUGACGAUUACGAUGACUACCAAGAUUUUCCUGAAUCUGAUAAAUAUUAUGAUACAUCAAGUUUAAGUCGAGAGCACAGUGAUAGUUUUAUUUAUGUUUCUUAUCCACCGGAAGUUAAAAAAAGAUUUAAUGAAAACAGGUGAUGAAAGAAUUAUACAUUUUUCAUUGGCAAUGCCCAUACUAGUUCACAUUAUGUGUAACUAGUAGCUAUACUACUGUGAAACUAACAUUUUGACAUUCUUUCACCAAACUAGACUGGCAGUUAAAUUUCAUGAACACUUGAUAGCCGUGUCAGGAUGAACAUGAUAUAAAUAAAGCAGUUUUAUGUAAUUUAAUUUGAUGUUUGCCAAGAUAAGAAAGACACAUUUAUUUGUAUUGGAACAUUUACUGUAUAGCAAGAUAAAGGGCAUUUUCCUUUGGCAAUUUCUUUCUAGUGUUACUUAUUUUUGGUACAGUAUGUAUAUUUUGUUAUUGUCUACAUAUAG